AUGGGGGAUACCAUCUACCUGGGUGCGAACCUGGUGCCUGACGCGGUGGCGGCGGUACGCUACUUCCUGCAGGCUGCGGAGGCCGGGCAUGCGGAAGCUGCCAACGAGUUGGGCGUGAUGUAUCUCACCGGCGAGGGCGCGCCUCCGGACGAGGCAGCCUCUGCUUAUUGGUUCCAGAAAGGUCGGGAGCUGGAGGUCCUGAAGCAGAUGGAGGACUCGAACUGA